GCGACAACGACCGCAGCAUGGAGCCCACAGCGCCGCCUUCCCCCCUUGCCAAGCGCCAGCGACUGAACGAUGCGGCGCGGGGUGAAUUGACGCCUGUCAAGCCUAGCAUGCCGUCCAAGUACGAGGCGAUCACAAACGAUGCGAGCUUCCAGGACAUCAGCACGGACGUGCUCGUCGACAGCAACGUCUUUGACGUGACCAAGCACUACAUCCACUCGCUCUCGGACAUUCAGGGCAAGUACGAAGAGUUCAUGGUCUACGGCGAUGUGGCCAAGACGCAAACGAUCAGCCUGGUGCACUUUGGCGAGAAGCUCUGCGGCCACACGGGCAUUGUUCACGGCGGCUGCAUUUCGACGGUCUGCGACGAACUCUUUGGCUGGACCAUGUACUGGAUCACGGGCAACGUUGGCUUUACGGCGUAUCUGAACGUCAACUUCCGCAAGCCGCUGCCGACACAAACGAGCGGGAUCAUCUACACAGAGCUCGAUCGCCGCGAGGGCCGCAAGGUCUUUAUGAAAGCUCGCGUCGAAGACAACGACGGCACGCUCUACACGGAAGCCAGUGCGCUCUUCAUUCUUCCGCGGCCCACAGAAGCGUGAUGUCCACUUGUACGAGCUGCCUUUCUAUAGAAAACAACACGCAAGCGUCCAUUGUGC